CUUUAUGAAUGAAUGGAAUAACAGUUUCGCCUUCUCCUCCUCUCCGUCGGUCACCGACUCAACUCAGCACCAAAGUCCACAGUAGUACCCAAACCCGUAUACACACACAUACACAUAUAGAGAGAGGAGAGAGAGCUGAGGAAGAAACAGUACAUUGUAGAGAGGAGAGGAGAGAGAGAGAGAGAGAUGGAGCAUCAAGAGCUAAAGCAGGAACACGAAGCGUACGGAGGGGAAAUACCUGACGAAGGAGACAUGGACACGGAUGUGGAGAUGUCUUCUAGGGUUGAGGACGAAGACUCUAAUUCUAAGGACUUAGAAGACAUGAAGAAGAGACUCAAUGAGAUUGAAGAAGAAGCUGGUGCUCUUCGCGAAAUGCAAGCCAAAGUUGAGAAAGAAAUGGCCUCCAUUCAAGAUCCUUCUGGUGCUUCUGCUGUUCAGGCUGAAAAGGAGGAGGUGGAUUCCCGCUCAAUUUAUGUUGGUAAUGUAGACUAUGCCUGUACUCCUGAGGAGGUCCAGCAACAUUUUCAGUCCUGUGGAACGGUCAACAGAGUGACAAUUUUGACUGACAAGUUUGGUCAGCCAAAAGGUUUUGCUUAUGUUGAGUUUGUGGAAAUUGAUGCUAUUCAAAAUGCUCUCCUUUUAAACGAGUCUGAGUUGCAUGGUCGGCAAUUGAAGGUAGCAGCUAAGCGAACUAAUGUUCCUGGAAUGAAACAAUAUCGAGGAAGGCAUCCCAACCCACAUCUUGGUUUUCGAUCCCGAAGGCCCUUCAUGUCUGGCCUGCCAGUUUAUCCUCCAUAUGCAUAUGGAAGGGUUCCUAGGUACAGACGUCCCGUUCGGUACAGGCCAUACUGAGGAUCUUGCUGGAAUUUUGGCCUUGCUAUUGAUUGAGAUGAUCUUGUUUUGACUGGUGGCCAUAUUGAUGAAAGGAACAGUUGCUGGCUUAUAGGCUUAAUGCAAUUUAUAUAAUUAUAUGUAUCUGAGUUAUAUGGAUGGUCGUUUUCCUUAGAAUUUGUACAAUUUUGAUUGCCUAAAAAAGCCUAAAUCUGUAACAUCAUCUGCAUCGCAGAUAGGCUUACUUUAUUUUUCCCUUUGGUUAAUCAUUUUGUGUUUGAACAAAUGUUUAGCUUACAGGGAUGAUAUAUUUAAUUGCUUUAUUUCAUGCACUUGUUAUGUGCUUUCGCUAAUUGAGUGUGCAAUGAGAAGGUACUCUAUUAGGAUGAGGGCGUCAUGUCAUGGGUUCGAAUCACUGGAAUAGGCUCUUCAUAUGUAGA